CUUGCAUUUGUUGAUGAACGAGGUUUGCAUAGUCCAUGGCAUAGUGUUAGAAUACGAUGCGCUUAUCUAAUUAAUCGUAUUAUAAAAUCACACAAAAAAACUCUGCUUCCACAUAUCGAAGGAUAUUUAUCACGUUUCUCCGACUUAUUAGAAUUAUCAUUAGAACCAGAUUGUAGUGUUUUAUUAUUAAAUGGUGACCAGUUGAAUGGUAAUGUUAGCUUUGUCAAUGGUUGUUGUGAUGAUACAAUGAAUAUUGGGAAAUCUGGUAAAACCGGUCUAGGCAUUACUGAACAAGGUUUCUUGUAUGAAGCAGCAGCACAAUUAAUCGCUGCCGGUGGAAUUCUUCAGCCGCCUGAUCAUCUAACUACAAAUGGUGGUGGUGGUGGUGGUGGGGUAGAUCGUGUUGGUGAAUUAUUUCGUGUUCUUCUGACACCUGUUAUGAUUCAAUAUGAUCAAUUUGUAACAAAAUUUGUUACGGAACAAAAUCCGAAACUAGCUGAAAUUCGUGGAGUUUUAGUGAAACAAGUCACUGAUCUGAUUACGUAA